AUGACUUCUGUACAAUUACGUUCCGGGAGUGUAGUGCUGGUGGCAAAUUAUACAGGGACUUUUGAAGAGUACAUGUUAAAUGCAAGACAGACCGAAUUUGAUACCAUGAGCAAGUUUCAUUAUACAAUGUUUCUUCUUUUGGAAGAUGUCCACCAGUUUUCGCAUAGCGUUAUAGUUGAAGAUAAGUGGUUUGGAAAUUACCAAAAUGGUACUGACGGAGGUGUGGGGAAGCUCUUGUAUGACAAUGAAAUUGAUAUUACCUGUACGGGGGCUUCGCAAAGACCGCCUCGGGUGGACGUUUACGAUUAUAUAAUGCCCUCGUAUCACUUUAGACCAUGCUACAUCUUCAGGAAUCCAGGGUCCUAUGAUCCAUUUUCGGCUGAAUUUUUAAAACCGUUUUCCUCAAAAGUCUGGUACAGUAUCGUGGCUGCAGUACUUGUUAUCAGCAUUUGUUUGAAACUUUUUUAUCGAACUGAACGAAAAUUCACUAGAUCUAAGUCAAAAUAUUCGUGGGCAACUGCUAUUUUGACAACCGUUUCUGUGAUAUUUCAGCAAGAUUCUUCUGCAUUUCCACCAGGCAACGCAGGUCGCAUUGUCUUUCUCGUUCUCCAAAUUUUCUCAAUUUUGCUCUACAACUACUACACUUCCAGUAUUAUUUCUUCUCUGUUGAGCAAACCCCCUGAAGCUUUCCAUACGCUGGAUGAGUUAGGACACAGUAGUUUGGAAAUAGGAAUCGAAGAUUUGCCGUACACGCUUACUUGGUUUGAGAUAAUGAACGACAGUGAUGUUCAAUACAUUUUCAAACAUAAGGUUUUUCCUCCGGGUGCUCAAAAUUUGAACAUUUACGAAGCAGAGGAAGGUAUAGCUAAAGUCGGUAGAGGUGGUUUUGCCUAUCAUACACAGUUAGAUACUGGGUAUCCCAUUAUAGCCAGAACUUUUGACCAAGACGCCAUUUGUGACGUAACUGAAAUUCCAAUGAUUCCUCAAGUUGAAGCUGGAAUGAUGGUACAAAAAAAAUCUCAGUACAAAGAAUUGUUUCAAAUAACUUUGCGUCAAAUGAAACAAGUUGGCUUGAUUCAACGUAUCUCGCAGAUCUGGGAGGCAAAAAAGCCGCAGUGUUUAUCGAGUGCUAGAGUUAUUGCAGUUGCAUACAAUCAAGUUUUUAUGGCAUUUCUGGCACUAUUUCUGGGAAUGUUAGUUUCAGUGGUACUUUUGGUAAUUGAAAUUAUUUGGUUUAAGUUAGAUUUAAGCAACUAG